CAGGGGCUUCACAGAAAUCGGGAAAAUCCUCAGAAUGGAGAGAGGAAGAGGAGGUGGUGUCGCUCUUCUCAGUGAAGAUCUUCUUCAGAACAUUCUCUCCAGACUCCCAGCCUUAUCCUUUGCAAACGCGGGGUGCGUUAGCCGCUCCUGGCGCCGCGCCGCCGGUGCCGUUCUCUCUCGCCCUAAGCUCGCCUCUGCAAUCUCUCUCAAUCCUUCUUUUCAGGAUGCUGUAAAGGAGGUUCUGGAUUCAGUUCUUUCCAGGCCUAUUCGUCCUCAUUUCGCUAUUGCUUGCAUUGGCCUCAAGUUCAGCCUGGAACGCACUCACAAACUCAUUACGAAGAAAUUGGGCUCUGCUACUCCGGUGAUUACUUCUGUUGCUCGUGGAAUCAUUGGUAGUGAUGCGAUUAGUGAGGAAUUCAAGGAGGUGAAGUGGGGAGUUGACGUUGAAGAUUUUAAUUUACCAGCAAAUAAAGAUCGAGGCAUUGUUUUGAUUGUUGGUUUUAUGCCGGGAUUGAAAGUUGAUGCAAUCCCUCUGUUGCGAGAAUUGGAGGAACCUGGCAUUUCCCUUAUCGACAAGUUUGUGAUGGAUAUUAGGAAUUUUUCUGCUGCUGUUUCGGGUUGCACUUCUCCGACUGGAAUUGUAAUGUUUGGGGAUAAACAUGCUGACAUGAAACCCGUUCUCGAGAAGAUGGAUUAUGCCAUGUCUAUGGAAACUGUCAUUUUGGGUGAAGAGAGUGGACAUUUUAUAUAUAGAAGUGGGGAUGAUUCUAGAAACAUCAGUGGGAGUCUAAAAAACUCUUGUGAUGGUGUUGCUCUUGUAUUUGCUAGGGACAAUGAUAAGCCUCAAGGUGUAGGUGAAACUCAAUUCCAUGUUGCUUUGUCAACUGGUGUAGUACCCGUUGGUCCCACACACAAGGCGGCUUCCGUUAAAGUGAAAGGCGAUGGAUCUGAGCGUUCUACAUGGCUCACUGCAAGAAGAGAAGGCCUGAAAGAGGCCCUUGAUGGUGAAAGACUUCUACAUGAUAUUUAUGAUGAGAUGGCAAAUGAGAAUGCUUCUCAUGACUUGUAUAUUGGGGUUACGAAAAGAAGAAAGUGUUCCAUUGGGUCUGAGAAGGUGAGGUGGGUAACAACCUUGGAAUUCCAUGACGUUUUAGGAGGAGAUGAAGAGUACCUCUUCGUUGACGGUGUUGGCAUCAAAACUGGUGAUCCCUUUCGUUUCUACCGUUCCGAUUCUGAUACUGCCUUGUCUUCUUGCCGCCGUGUCUCUGAAGAGUUCAGAAAUCUAAAGCAAGCUUGGACCCACAAAAACAGCUAUCAUUUUAGGGGUGUUGCUGAUGGUGGCGACAAGACAGAAGUGUGUGGAGGUAUCAUCUUCUCCUGCUAUGGCCGCGGUGACUCGUUCUUCGGACAAGCAAAUGUUGAUAGCUCCCCCUUCUUGGAGAACUUUCCUGGGUUUCCCUUAGCAGGGAUAAUGUGCGGCGGGGAAAUCGGGCGUGUCCAUUUGAGCUCUGCAGAUCAUCAAGGUGGUCAGGAAGAAAGCUCCCCCCGCAGCUAUCUACACUAUUACAGCACUGUUUACCUGGUGAUAUCCCAUACUCCAUCGCCUCUGGAGAGUUAGAUUUUGCUCAUUGCUCUAUACAUUUUUCUUUAACAUUCUGGAACAUGAUAUGGAGUUGAAAUUAAUAUCCUGAAUUUGAAUCUUAUUGAUAUUUAGGUGUUGUAGGGUAUGGAAUAGAGCCAUAUGACUCAAGAUUUGCUACCCUUGGAUAGAUGCCUUGCUAUGUGAUUAUGCCAAUAUAUUACACGUAUGAGUCCAUUUUCUUCUUUCA